AUGCCCUCCCCGCUGAGCGCAGGAGGCUCCCAAAGCAGCGGGUUUGUCAGCUGCGGAACCGCAGAGACCCUGCCGUCAGAGCUGGCUGAGGACCUUUCAGAUAUCCGUGCAUCUGGAAAUGGUGGAUCAACACUUCAUGCUCUUCAAUGCUUGGAAGAUCUCUAUGGUGAUAAGUGGACUUCUUUUAUUGUGCUGCUGAUUCAUUCUGAUGAAUGGAAGAAGAAAGUUAGUGAAUCAUACGCUAUAAUCAUAGAACGAUUAGAAGAUGACCUGCAAAUCAAAGAAAAGGAGCUGGAGGAACUGAAGCAUGUUUUUAGCUCUGAUGAAGCCUUCUGCAAAGUCAAUUUAAAUUACCGCACAGAAAAUGGGCUCUCUCUUCUUCAUUUAUGUUGCAUAUGUGGGGGUAACAAAUCACAUAUUAGAACUCUUAUGCUAAAAGGACUGCGCCCAUCCAGAUUAACAAGAAAUGGAUUUACAGCUCUACACUUGGCAGCUUAUAAGGACAAUGCAGAAUUGUUAACAGCGCUGCUGCACGGUGGAGCUGACAUCCAGCAAGUUGGGUAUGGAGCCUUGACAGCCCUUCACAUUGCCACAAUCGCCGGUCAUCAUAAGGCUGUUGAUAUUCUUUUGCAGCAUGGAGCUUACGUGAAUGUUCAGGAUGCAGUUUUUUUCACCCCGUUGCAUAUUGCUGCAUAUUAUGGCCAUGAACAGGUAACCCACCUCUUACUGAAGUUCGGAGCUGACGUGAAUGCAAGUGGUGAAGUUGGAGACAGACCUCUCCAUUUGGCUUCUGCCAAAGGCUUUCUCAACAUCACAAAGCUCUUGAUCGAAGAGGGAAGCAAAGCUGAUGGUGAGAAGAGGCGUCGAGCAAAAUGCAAAUAUUGCGCUUGCACCUAUGGAAAGAACAUAGAACUUGUAAAAUUUCUUCUUGACCAGAAUGUUGUAAGCAUCAAUCACCAGGGAAGAGAUGGCCACACAGGAUUACACUGUGCUUGCUACCAUGGUCAUAUUCGACUUGUACAGUUUUUACUGGAUAAUGGAGCUGAUAUGAAUCUGGUAGCUUGUGAUCCCAGCAGGUCCAGUGGAGAAAAGGAUGAGCAGACCUGUUUGAUGUGGGCUUAUGAGAAAGGUCAUGAUGCCAUCGUGACCCUUCUGAAGCAUUAUAAGAGACCUCAAGAUGAAUCGCCCUGUAAUGAAUACUCACAACCUGGAGGAGAUGGUUCCUAUGUGUCAGUUCCAUCCCCUCUAGGAAAGAUCAAAAACAUGACUAAAGAGAAGGCAGAUGUUCUCCUCCUCCGUGCUGGUUUGCCAUCACAUUUCCAUCUUCAGCUCUCUGAAAUAGAGUUCCAUGAGAUUAUUGGCUCAGGAUCUUUUGGAAAGGUAUAUAAGGGACGAUGCAGAAACAAAAUUGUCGCAAUCAAACGCUAUUGAGCCAAUACCUACUGCUCCAAAUCUGACGUGGACAUGUUCUGCUGUGAAGUUUCCAUUCUCUGCUGACUGAAUCAUCCGUGUGUCAUCCAGUUUGUGGGAGCUUGCUUAGAUGACCCAAGUCAGUUUGCUAUAGUCACUCAGUAUAUUUCUGGAGGAUCGCUCUUCUCCCUGCUUCAUGAACAGAAGAGAACUCUUGAUCUGCAAUCUAAAUUAAUCAUUGCUGUAGAUGUUGCCAAAGGCAUGGAGUACCUCCACAAUCUCACACAACCAAUCAUACAUCGUGAUUUGAACAGUCACAAUAUUCUCCUGUAUGAAGACGGUCAUGCAGUUGUUGCUGAUUUUGGAGAAUCUAGAUUUUUGCAAUCCCUGGAUGAAGACAAUAUGACAAAACAACCUGGGAACCUUCGCUGGAUGGCCCCUGAGGUGUUUACCCAGUGUACAAGGUACACAAUAAACGCUGAUGUUUUCAGCUAUGCUUUAUGCCUCUGGGAGCUCUUAACUGGUGAAAUUCCAUUUGCUCACCUGAAACCAGCGGCGGCGGCAGCAGACAUGGCAUACCACCACAUCCGCCCGCCCAUCGGGUACUCCAUCCCCAAGCCCAUCUCCGCCCUGCUGAUGAGGGGCUGGAACGCCUGCCCCGAGGGGAGACCAGAGUUUUCAGAAGUAGUCACAAAACUAGAGGACUGUCUGUGCAAUAUCGAGUUAAUGUCUCCCGCCUCCAGCAACAGCAGCGGUUCUCUGUCUCCCUCCUCCUCGUCAGACUGCCUCGUCACACGGGGAGGCCCUGGCCGCAGCCACGUCGCAGCGCUGCGCAGUCGGUUUGAACUGGAGUACGCACUGAAUGCCCGAGCCUACGCUGCCUGGUCUCAGAG